GCGAGUGCUCGUUCAGUGAUCACGUCAGUCGUCAUAGCGGAAGGGGUACGGCCGCUUCUCAAUCAAUGUUUACUUAUUAUUUACACGCGAGCCAGUACGAUAGCACAUUCCAUACAAUUCGGCCGAUUACCUAUUGUCACCUCUUCAUCGGAGUGCAUUUAGUGAAACUCCUAUUGCAUUUCCUGUAUAAGUGCAUGUGUGUAUCUAUCAGUACUUGUAUGUAACACUAGGAAACAGCUGUGAGAUUAUUGUAAACGACUAUGUAUUAAGAUGAUAUUGAGAUCUUGUGAAGGAGCUAUAGAGCAAGUGCGUUUACUGCUAUAUAAAGAGUGUGAUAAGAGAGGGAAAAAAGUAUUAUUUGAUUCAUCAACAAUAGAGAAAUUAUCAGCAAAUAAAAAUGACAAACCUGAGAGUGGCACUAUACCCUGCAUUUUGGAAGUGUCAGAGGGCUACACAUAUUUGUAUAAAGGCCCGGCAACUGAUGCGGGCUUACUCGGUGAGAUGAUGUUCGGAGCUGUGGCCAUGAACUGCAAGAGUGUCUCAUUGAAAAUUCACAUCAUGGAUGACCCUAAAAGGCUGAUGUGCACAAAGAUAUUCUGUGUACCGACUACAAGAAGAACAAGUCGUGGCAAGUCGGAUAUAAAUGGGAAUAUAAGUGAAAUAAAUUCUUCUUCGCCAUUAAAUGUACCAACGAAGGAGGGAAUGUCCUUGAGCUUCUCAAUUGAUCGUGGCGAUUCAGGUUUCUAUGGAGAUCAGUCUUCAUACAGCACAUUGGGGUCGAACAUAGAUUUCUAUCCGGUAAUGGAAAAUUGGGAUGGAAAUACCCAAGAAUAUUCGUUUUCAUCGUCCAGCAUGAUAAGCUCAAGUAGCAGCUUGCGCAGGCGCACGUCACAGAGUCUAGCGACGCGAUUCGAUCUCUCUACGUCACUGCGGGUGCCCACUAUUUCCACGAUUUCCACUGAUUCACAGGUAUACAGUAAUAGUUCAAGUGGUACGAAUGAGAGCCUCGCUUCGUGUCCGCCAUCAAGAAGACGGAAACUGGGCCUCGCGUUGCUGAUCACAGUAUCUGAGAGUGCUGAUGUGGACGUAAUCCGACGGUGUGUGGAGCAUUCAAACCAGCUUCAAUCCUUGGUGUGCCGACUGCGGCUGGCUACUUUAAGAGCUGGCUCUGGGAACAAAUUCGUUUCGACAUUGUGUAAGGCUACUGAAGAUGCAGCAAGAUGGUUGUCGGAUCUAAUGUAUGGUGUACGAUUGCAGCCACUAUGGUCAAAUCUUGUUACAAGUGACCCGAGACAGUCGAAUAAAAUCGCUGAGAGCAUAAUUUCAGAUCUCUGUUCGGUGAUCGCCUUGGGAGACACGAAAAACACUAAUUUUUUCAUUAGCACCUUACUAACGCACGUGCUGACACAUCAUCUCGGUUGGGUGACUACAGUGAGCCCUUACGAUGCUGUCGAUCCCACAAAACUUCCCAAAGGGGAUCCCAAAAGACCGUAUAAUGCGUUAUGGGCACAAUUAGGAGACCUCUGUGGAAGCAUUGGCUUUCCCCCUCGAACUGCAAGGACUAUUGUGGCUGGUUCUACAAAUACACCAUUUAUCAACAGACUCUUAAGUGUUCUUACCUAUUUCUUGAGGUGCGGUGAUGUGAAACGGAACGAUUUUCUAUAUCAAGACUGUGCGCAAAGUUGUAAAGUUACGUUAGUUGACUCUCGGACUUUUGAAACCGAGGUUUCUAGUAAAGUGCGUUGUGUGAAUGAUAAUGAUGAAAACUUAGCAGUAAAUACGCCAAGCGAUAAUCGGUUGGGUGUGGCAGAUGGUCUUAAAAAAUCUACAACACUCACUAAUUUAAGUCACAAGCUCUCUAACCCAGAAACCAGUUCCAAGAGUGAGGCGGGUCAGAUUCGAAGAAAUCCAUCUAUCAUGAUCUCUUUGGGAGGGUCGACAGAUUCCAGUCAAAAGUCUUCGUUAACAGAGGAAAGUGAACUCGAGAAGAAAGUAGUUUUUGUUCUAGGAGACGAUGAAAAAUUAGUAGGCUUGAAGAAUAAAUCGGUUGACGGGAAGAGUGUGAAGAGAUCGUCCAAAGUGCACAACGAACCAGUCGACGUAGACCUUCCAGAAAAACCGAAUUGUGAUAAGAGUUGCGAGAAGAAGCCAGAAGACAGUUCAUCCAAGUGCUGCAGCCUAACACUUGAACAUUCCAAACCCAUUAAACAUUCCGGUUUUAAGUUUGAAUUCGAUAAGUAUCCUCAAAUAGUGACCAACUACAUGAAGAGCAAGAACUUGGAGAUUUUAGAUAGACAUUAUAUAGGCAAGCCGGGAAAUUUGAAGUUGGACAAUUUCCAGUUCGACCCCACUAUAAUCCCGCCUAUACAGGAAGAGAGAUGUGAGACUUGCUACAAGUGCCAGAUGAUGGAAUCUCUACUGCAGACACCCACUAACGCUUCUGAAAUGGAGUACAUGAACGAUAUGCCCCGACAGGAGCCCCAAUACGCGAAGGAAACGGUCACACAGGAGAGUCAGCGAGAGAUUUCCCCGAAAACAUUUGUUCGGAAAAGAAAAGAAAACACUGUCAUUAUAAACGUAAAGAAAAACAAAGAUGCACAGAUAGAAACAAGUAGUCUUGAAAACGUGGCCUUAACAACAUUGCCAAACACAAAGGAAUCUUCGCAAAGCAAACUGCAGCCCAGAGUGAUGUCGGCAACGAAGGUUUCACGUGCAAAGAAAGAGAAAGUGGAUGUGAGACAAGUGAUAGAGUUCCCACUUCCUGCCAUAAAUUUAGUGAAUAAACUGAACACUGGCUUCGAUGUCUCCCUUCUAGGUGGAGUCACAGAUCAUUAUGUACCUGAUUUAGUUUUACAAGGGACUCUAGCGAAUCCCAAAGUCUGGGAAGCUGAAUUGCGGAGGGACCUAGACCUGACUUUGUACCUGAAUAAGACUUUAGACUCACCAAUGCAAGCGGUGGCCAUCGUCGGUGAUACUAACAAUUGGGAAGUGCGUAUAUUAGGUAGGGAUUGUGGCUGCGGGGGUUUAUCACCACUGGUGGGCGGUAUGUUGGAUGCGUUACCCGCAAUGCGCUUGGCGAGGGUACCCGCACAUCAGUGUCUCCUAUUCCUUGAGAGCAAACUUCGGGAAUUCUGUGUUUUGUCCAAAACCCUCGCAGAUAUGCUGAUGUCGACCGACUUUUGUGACAUCAGUACGCUCACCAGAUCACUCAACAUUGAUGUUAAUGAUGUGCCAUUAUUGUUGGCUGUGGCGAGUACGCAUACACCACAAGUGGCCACGCGAUAUGGAAUCACGUAUAGGUAGUUGGCUUAUGGCUUAAAAUUGAAUGAGAUAUGUUCUAUAUUGCCUGACAGACGUAAACUUAUGCGUUAAUACUUUUUGUGUGUUUAUGACAUCACAAUUAAGAAAAUUAACUUGAAAGUAGUUUCUAGAGCUGUCAAUUUUUUGACACUUUUGACAGUCUUCAAGGUUAAAAUGAUUGAACUGUGAUUUGAAUGAGGCCGUAGGUGGAGUUGCCUUCACUUAGUGGAUUUAGUCCUGGGUUCGAUUACCAGCAGAUUUCAGAUUUCGGAUAUAGGCUCAAAAUUAUUAAUGAAACGGACUCGUAAAGUGUGCCCCAUGCCCCAUUGGUUUUUGGGUAGAUGAUUUUUUCACAUUAGAGGCUUCAGAAGUCGUAGCACAAAAUCACAAUUUGUAUAUAAUGAAAGCAUUUUCUCUUUAGUAUUAAGAUUAUGUAAUCUGUGAUUUCUUCUGCAUAAUGAGAUAUUUUUUAUCUGUGGUAAUACUGGUCAUAGUAUAAAAAUGACGUAUGUGCAAUAUUGGUGAACAAUACUCAAAAUUUUGGUGCUGUAUUUAUCGUAAACAAAUUAUUUAUAUAAAAUAUAUUCUAUUAAUUUUCUGUUUCUGGGUUGCACAGAAAUGUUUAAAUAUAUAUCGAUUUAUCUAAAAUAUUUGAUAAUAUUUCAAUUUGGUUUAUAUGUAGUAUUUAUAGAGAGAUUUCUCGUUCUAGAAAAAAAAUCUUAAUAGAUACAUAAAUCUAUCAAUUAUAGAAAAUUUGAAAUGAAACAUUUUAAAUAUUUUGUCUGUAUUCAAUUAUCAACUAUAGAUUUUUAACAUAGAAUGGAACUGAAAAUGACGUAAACUAAAACGAGAUGGCGCUUACUUGAUUUUCGAUUAGAUAUUAAAUAUUAUCUGUAGUCACAUAGUUAUAUAUUUAAAGUCCUAACUUAUUUAACAAGUUAAUAAGGUUCAAAUACAAAUUUUGACUUGAUGUGUUAGACUUUCAGUUCCAUCAAUAUGCUUCCCGGAAAAUAAGUUGGCAAGAUUCAGCGCAUUAGCCUCUUCUGUAUUUAAUUUACGAUAACUAAUCUUUAUAUUUAAUAAGUAUUUUUUAAAUUUUUAUUACAAAUCUUUGGUCAUAAGUCAAAAUUCAAAAUAUUCUUUGGCGCAAUUUCUAUAGACUAUGUUAUAUUGUACUCAUCUAUGGCCGCCAUGUUUGACAGUUGACAUUACGUUAGUAAACUUUAAUUUUCUUCCCAAAAUAAGAUUAGAUUUCGAUAAAAUACGUAAUUAUCUAGUUUUUUAUUAUUAAAACAGUUAUUAAAUAUCAGUUUCAUAAAGGUAUACUACGCAAAAUCUUGCCAAGUUACGUGCCGAGACAAUACAGUCGCUAUCUUUCAACUUCUCUUUCCCGAUUUCUUCUCUCACAAAAAUCUUUAAGAUAUGUAUACUAUUACAAAUGUUUAAGCUAGUCUAGUAAAUCACCGUCUAUUCACAAAAACCCUAAAUGAAAAAAUAUGUGAUGUAAUAAUUUUUAUACUUAGUUAUUGAAUAAAUUAUUUUUCUUAUUAAAA